AUGAACAAAACCAUCUUUUUGAUUUUUCUAGUAGCCCAAUUAGUCCAUUUUGUCGCUGGAUGGAAUAAAUUGCCCUAUUGGAGUACAAAAGAGACGCCGUUCCCAAAUGUAAGGCGGGUUAACAAGACAUGGUCUUACCGUUCGGCAAAGGCAAACGGUAAUGUUACUCUGAAAGAUCCCUACUUUUGGCUUGAAGAACCGAUUGACACACCUGAAGUGAAGCAAUUCAUUGAUAGUGAGUUAUCAUUGACGGAGAAGUAUAUGGCCAAAUGCAAAAAUUACAAUGCAAUCAGCCAAUCAAUUCGUGAUGUAUACGAUUAUGACGAGUACGGUAAAAUAUAUUAUGGCUCCCUUCGAAACAGAAGUUCUUUUUACACAUACACUCUAAGACUCGCAAAUGAGAAUCUUAGAACCUUCUACAUUGCCUCGCCCGAGGAAAUUGAAGCUGCAAAGCAAAACAAUUUCGCAAAACCGCCUGGUAAAAAGUUCCUAUCCGAAUCAUUGUUGAGCGAGAAUGGUACAGCAACGAUCAAACAAUUCGCCUACUCAGACACAGGAUUGUUUGUUUAUUAUGUGGUCGAAACUGAUGCUUAUGUCGGAACAUGGUAUGUACGUACUUUGGAUUCUGUUUUGACGUCAGAAACUACCAAAAAAAUCGUUCCUGGUGGCGAUGGUCGAAUGUCUGAUGUUAUUCCAUCUUGUGACGGUGGAUUCAGUUGGAACAAUGUUACUAGUGGAUUCUUUUACAGUCAGAUUAAUGACCCGCGAACGAGCAAUACUACCGAUGUCGGAUCAAAGAUUCGCUUCCAUAAGAUCGGAACGCCUUAUGAGAAGGACAUCACAAUUGUGCAGCCAGAUACUGAUGCGGGAAACUAUUGGAGUGUGGAUACGAGCGAUGAUGGCAAAUGGUUGGUGGUCUGGGGCUAUUCGAGUGCGGACAGUCACGCGGUCGCUUAUGCCACAUGUCUUGCGGAUCAAGAAUUGUCCGAAAAGAUGAAAUGGUUUUCAGUUUCUCCCUCAAAUGAUUAUAUGCACGACUCAGUUGGCAUCCUUGAUGAUUAUUGGUAUUUCAAGAUUGACAAAGAUGCCAUCGAUCAUAAAGUCGUUAAAGUUAAAUUAGAUGCCAGCAAAGCACGUCAAGUGAGCAAAUUGCGAGAUUUGACGGAUAGGCUUCCAAUGAUCGAAGUGAUACCGACACGCAGAAAUUCGGACCUUUACUUCACUUCUCCAAUCGCCAAAAACAAAGCUGCUUUUGUCUAUACGGAGAAAGGUCAAUAUGUUGUUUAUAUCUUCGAGCUAAGCACAGGUAAACAACUGCAAAAGCUUCAAACUGGUCAAGACGGAAAUCUGAACGGUGUAUACUCCACUGGAUUUGGUAGCGAUGUUUUAAUCUUGAAAUACUCCACCACCGUUUCACCAUUCACAUUCCAUAGAAUCAAGAUUGAUCAAAGUGACAAGGUUACUCAAGACACACUGUUGAUCACGAAGGUAAAGAAUUCGAAUCCUGAAGAUUAUAUAACGGAAGCACUUUCCGCAACCAGUGCUGAUGGAACAAAGGUGCCUUAUUUUAUCAUUUACAACAAGAAGCAAAAGAAACGAACUGGAACAUUACCUUGCUGGCUUCACUUUUAUGGAUUUUAUGGCUUUUUGGAAAAUUUAAACUGGGAGGAAAAGAUAGCAUCAUGGCUUUUUAACUACGAAGGUGUCGUUGCAUUUGCGGGCGUUCGUGGUGGAGGUGAUAAUGGACAAGAAUGGCACUUAGCUGGAGCCAGGAACAAUCGACAAAAGACCUGGGAUGAUAUCAUUGCUGUCGCACAAGAAAUGGUGAAGCAAAAAAUCUGUGCGCCCGAUAAAGUAAUCGCUCACGGUUCUUCUGGUGGCGGUCUAGCCGCCACAGUAGCUGCACAAAAAGCACCUGUCAAUACUUUUGGAGCAAUUUUAGCAGACAGUGCUCCUGUGGAUUGGCUCUCGCUCACCCGUUCCUUUGCAGGAUCAUUUCAAAUUAGCGAAUUUGGCGAUCCUUAUAAUUCAACCGAUUUUGAUCAAAUCAUCAGUUGGGAUCCAUAUUUGAAUGUCAAUCCUAAGAAGCCGAUGCCGCCAAUUUUGCUCACUACAGGAGGAACCGAUGAUAUUGUAUCUGCUUCUAACACUUUCAAGUUUUUGGCUUUAAUUCAAUAUUCGUAUCCCAACAGUACCAACCCGCUCCUCAUGCAAUUCUUGAGCCAAACCGGUCACAAUACUCUGACUAAUAAUGUGGAUAUCGGGGUCAACUUGGCUGCACAUCAACAUUGUUUCCUUCAACUUGCUUUGGGCAUACAAAGACGUAAUUAAGGUACUCAUCUUCACUUCUUUCUUGACUAAUAUAAUCUUUUCCCUCGUGAUUUACGCCAACCAUGUUAACUUAUAGUUCUAAUUAAGUUUAAACGGUGUUUUUCUUUCUGAAGUCACAUUUCUCGCUGAGAGUCGUGAAAUGAGACAGCUUGCCACAUCAAGAAGAUCAUAUUCUCUCUUCAUGAAUAGAGAUGACGCCUUCAUAGAGAAAUGUUUGCCAAAUAUACAAGUUUGUCAAUUCCCAUUACUGCGAGGUAUGUGUGAGGUUUA